UCUCUCUCUCUCUCUCUCUCUCUCUGCUCCAAGCUAUGUUUCUGUUUGCCCAGUGAUACGUACGAAAGACAACUUUUCUCAGGCAGCUACCAUGAGGGUUUAAUCGUUCAAAACAUAUUCAACUGGAAACGAGGCUGGAACUGUGACUUGAAGGCCCUGUGGCUGGACAAUAUAUUUAUACAUCUUACUGGAUCUGCGGGUGAAAAAAAGGCUGCAAUGGGGGGAUAAUGAUGGUCAUAAAGUUGCCAAUGGAAUGAUCAGCCUCGCUCAAAAGCAAUUUAGGCAGGACUGCGAGGUUUGUGUUUGUCCUGGACUUUUGAAUGCUGUUAAACUUCAAGGUCAGCGCAAUAAUCUAGAAGGUAUUUGGAAUAGACCCCCCAUUAAGGACGUCUUCUAAAAUAUACCAAAGACUGUAAUCUAAAGCACCACCCCCCCACCCCAUAACGUCCUAAGGGAGGGAGAUCCCAUUGAAAUCUGACAAAAAAACAAGCAAUUUUUUUUUGGCUUCUUCGGCGCAAGCAGCAGUGGCUGGCAACAUGACGACCUCGGCCCUGCGACGGCAGGUCAAGAACAUUGUCCACAACUACUCUGAAGCAGAGAUCAAGGUGCGGGAGGCCACCUCCAAUGACCCCUGGGGACCAUCCAGCUCCCUUAUGUCCGAGAUCGGCGACCUGACGUUCAACGUGGUGGCCUUCACCGAAGUCAUGGGCAUGAUCUGGAAGCGGCUUAAUGAUCACGGCAAGAACUGGCGCCAUGUCUACAAAGCCCUGACCCUGCUGGACUACCUCAUCAAGACUGGCUCCGACAAGGUGGCCCACCAGUGCAAGGAGAACGUCUUCACCAUCCAGACCCUCAAGGACUUCCAGUUCAUAGACCGCGAUGGCAAGGAUCAGGGCAUCAACGUGCGGGAGAAGGCCAAGCAGCUGGUGGCCCUGAUGCGCGACGAGGAGAGACUCAAGCAAGAACGUGCCAACGCUCUCAAGACCAAGGAGCGCAUGUCUGCUGUGGCCACCGGGAUCAGUAGCAGCAGUAGCCAACAGGUCAGCUACCCCAUCCGCCGCUCCAGCCAGCCCACCAUGUCCUCGCUGUACGGAGAAGAGCUCGGGAGGUCACGGGGUUCCCCCACAUCUUUUAACUCCUCGUCCUCUUCGCCCCAUUUGAACUCUGACCUGGAGCAAGCCCGCCCCCAGACCAGUGGGGAGGAGGAGCUACAGCUGCAGCUGGCGUUGGCCAUGAGCCGAGAGGAGUGUGAAAAGCCACAGCAGCCCCCACUCUCCCCAGCAAUUGAAAUCGAUGAAGACACCGACCUGCAGAUUGCUCUGAGCCUCAGUAAGGAGCAGCACGAGAAGGACCAGCACUCAAGGCAAGGCGAUCUCUCUCUGCUGCAGAAGGCCCUAGAGGAGAGCCGGCUGGAGAGUGAGGACACUACUCCGCAGGGAGAGUCUGCCCUGCUUGACCUGGUGGACAUUUUCGGUCCAGUACCUUCAGCACCCCCUGCUGGAGACCCGUGGGAUAUCACUGCGACUGACGGCAAUGACCCCUGGGCUGAGCCCCAGACCAGCCCGCCACCCCAAGUUCUGCCUGCUUCUGACCCCUGGGACAACUUCGGCGCGAGACCCGGCACUCCAGCUACAAGCAGCUGGUCAGACCCGGUGACAGCAGUGUCCAGCGCCCCAUCGCCGCCCUGGCCCUCCAAACCCUGGGGCUCUGGCCAGCCCCAUACUGACCCCUGGGAGACUCCGGCCAGUGCCCCCAGCCCCACUCCCAAUGACCCCUGGGGCUCGCCUGCUCACACUGCAGGUGGCCCCUCAUUUGACCCCUUUGCAGAGCUGUCUGAGUCCGGAGAAGGGGAAGCUAGAGAGCUCAACGGGGCCCUUGCUCCUUCCUCCACCAAAUCCAGCAGCCCCGCAGACCUGGACCUGUUUGGUGAGCUGUUCCCCAGCACCCAGACUAAUGGAACAUCCAGCCCAGACACAUUGGACCUGAAGCGGCUCGGAGACUCACUGGCAGAGUCCAGCCUGAGGACCUGCAGGGCUCCCGAGUCCUUCCUGGACCCCAGCGCGGCCUCCCUCGUCAACCUGGACUCCCUCGUCCCUUCCGGAGCACCCAUGAGCAAAAACCCCUUCCUGUCAGGAAAGCCCCAGGGCAGAGUGCAGGAAAUGGGCAAGCCCUGCUACACUCCAUCUCCAGAGACUAAUGGGGUGCACAGAGAGCAACACAGCAGGUUUAUCACAGGGGGUCUGAGCGCCCCCUCUCCCACUAACCCCUUCCACUGUGAGCAGCCUCGCCUCACCCUCAAUCAGAUGCGUACUCCGUCGGCCUCCCCCCAGCCUGGCUCCCUGUCCUACAGCACCUCCCUGCCCCUGCCGCUGAGCAGCCUGCCCACAACCAUGAGCCUGCCCUCCUCCCUCACCCAGCCGCCAGCCUCGGGAGCGCCCGCCUUCGCUCCUCCUCCGGGUCUCUCAGACAUCCCUGGCAACCUGCCUCAGCCCCUGCUGCCCAUGGCCCCGCAGCAGCCUGGGCCCCCUGGCAGAAACCCCUUCCUAUGAACUAGCCUUGAGGCUUGACUUGACUGACCUGGGAUGGAUCGACUUCUCGCCUGGACAAUCAUGCAGCUUGGAGUUUCAUUUAUUUUAUUUUCGGCAUUUUAACAAGGCAUUUUACAAAGAAUGCGGAUGGCACCCCCCCCCCCCCCC